GGAGGGGUUACCAGUAACACCACAGAAAACCCUCGUAAAUGUAGGUCAGUCGACCACAGAAACCCUUCAUCAGUGAUCUCUUCCCCCCGCCCCCGCUCCCGGUCCUCUCUCUCUCUCUCUCUUUCUCUCUCUCUCGCUCGCGUCCGUACCUAUCUGGCAGACUGAAUCGACUUCUCUCUCUCUCGUUCGUCUCUAAUUUCAGGAACUUCAUAUGGGAAGCAAAGGUAGAAUGCCACCUCCUCAUUUAAGACAUCCUCUUCCUGGUCCUGGCAUGGUUCGUUCUGAUGCAUUUGGUCCUGGAAUGCGCCCACCACCUGGUGCGUUUCCUCCUUUUGACAUGUUACCUCCCCCAGAAGUCAUGGAACAGAAGCUUCAUGCACAACACGGAGAGAUGCAGAAGCUUGCAACCGAAAACCAGAGACUUGCCGCUACCCAUGGAACAUUGAGACAAGAACUUGCUGCUGCACAGAAUGAGUUGCAGAUACUGCAUGCUCAGAUAGGAGCUGUGAAGUCUGAGAGAGAACAGCAAAUGAGGGGGCUCUUGGAUAAAAUUUCGAAGAUGCAAGCCGAACUUCAAGCAUCCGAACCUGUUAAGUCAGAGCUGCAGCAGGCACGAGCAGAUGCACAGAGCUUAGUUGUUGCGAGGCAGGAACUUAUUUCUAAGGCGCAGAAAUUGAGUCAAGAUCUUCAGAGGGCCCACAUGGAUGUGCAGCAGAUUCCAGCUUUGAUGUCAGAACUCGAGAGCCUUAGACAGGAGUAUCAGAACUGCAGGGUUACCUAUGACUCUGAAAGGAAGUUAUACGGUGAUCAUCUUGAAUCCCUUAAGGUGAUGGAGAAGAAUUAUAUGACCAUGGCCGGAGAGGUUGAAAAGCUUCGAGCAGAGUUAAGAAAUACUGCUAACAUUGUUGAGAAACGAACUGGUGGGUCUUAUGGGAGCACUGGCUACAACGAGAAUGAGGUUUCUGGGCAUUACCCUGUAGGACAAAACACUUAUGACGGCUAUGGUGUUUCUCAGGGACGUGCUUCUGUCCCUGGUAGUGAAACUACUGUUGCCAAGGCUGGUGAUGCUCCUGCUCUUGCUGGUGCUCAAUCUGGACCCACUCCUCCAAGAGCUAGUUAUGAUUCACUCAAGGGGCCUUCCUAUGAUCCACCAAAAGGGGCCAGCUAUGAUGCGCAGAGAGGGGCCAAUUAUGAAACUCAACAAGGACCCGGUUACGAUCCACAAAGAGCACUCAGUUAUGAUGGACGGAGUGGGCCCAACUAUGAUGGACAGAGAGGAUACAGCUAUGAUGCACAGAGAGCAGCUGGUUAUGAUGCGAUGAGAGCUGCCGCCAGCUAUGAUCCACAAGGAGGCUUUGGCGGUUAUGAUUUGCAGAGGGGAGCUGGUUAUGAUGCACAGAUGCAAAGAGGAUCUGGUUAUGACACAGCCAGAAGUGGUGGCUAUGAUAAUGCAGCUAGAGGUGGUGUUAACCCUCAAGGGCAGGUGGCGCCUCCUAACAAUGUGCCUUAUGGGUAUGAUGCUAGAAGUGUUGGGUAUGAUGCACCAAGGGGUGCUGUUAACCCACAAGGGCAGGUGGCGGUACCUCCUAACAACGCGCCAUAUGGGUCUACAACGCCGCCUAAUCGCGUUGUGAGUGGUGGGUAUGAGGCUGCACCACCACCACCACCUCGAGGCGGAAACCCUGUACAUAGAUGAGCUUUUGAGAUGUUGGUGUCUUGGUGUUGGUCUCGUCUGACAAUUUCUUUGCUAUAGUUUCAAUCACAUUGAAGCUCCUGCAAUUGCUUUUUAUUUCUUCUUCAGCCAACUCUUAUGCAGAAGCUCUUGUUGAGUAUGUCGAAGUAUAUGAUUUGACCAUGAAGGUCGUGAGGGUUAUCAAAUCGGAGCUGCAUUUGGAUAAAAAAUUCUGCAAUGUCAGAGGCCACUGCAUGUAUCAUUACUCUUUUCUAUCACAAUAUGGCUUCCAGGCUGAAACCAGGACAGGAUUGUUGGUCGCAAAUGUCUGUUUUAUGCAAUUUUAUUAUUUUAUCUUUA